CCUGUGGUAAGAGAGCGUGACAAACCAAGAUGGCGUCUCACGAAGAAGCAGGAAAGAGCUUUCAGAAUAAAUAAAACUCAUUUGGAGAAUUGGCUGAAUUAAGCGUGACAGUACGAUAGGACAUAUUUUACCUUUUUUUUAAAACGGGACGGAGCAGACACAGCGUCUCUAAAUGGCUGCGAGGAAAUCUGGAUCAGAUGCACACAACAACGGACCCAUCAGUUACCUUGAUGAUGUUCCCUUCAAGAUAAAUGAAAGGUUCCGCUGCCCGGCCAAGGUGGGGCUGCCUGUCGGCUUUUGUCUGCCACACUGUGACUCUCUGCUGGCUGACACCCAGUAUGACUUUUUGCUGGAGAGGCGUAGUGUGCUUUGGGGGAAUGAACUUGCUGAAGCCAGGGCAGCCGAGGCCAGAGCUCAAGAGAUGGCAGCCGCCAAGCCGGAGGCAGAGAGCACGGAGAGCUUCACCAAGUCCCAUGACGUUGAUGGUAGUUCAAGGAAUAGAACCCGAACUGCAGCAGAAGACCAAGAUUUGCCACCCCCAGCUCUGAACCCUGUUCUGGCAGGACUGAGCCAUAACGCUAUACUUACUCCACUGCCUGCCCCAAGCCUUGGCCCCAGGAAUACCCAGCCUAGCAUUCCUCAGCAGCACAGCCUAAACCUAGCUGACUUUGAGCGUGAAGAGGACCCUUUUGAUAAGCUGGAGCUUAAGACUAUAGAUGAUAAGGAGGAGCUCAGGAGCAUCCUCCAGAGCCAGCCCCAACUUCGUCCUUCUGUGUCUCCGCCAGAGUCUUCAGAGCUAGGUUCUGCUUCACGUGGAAACAGCCCCUCUCCUCCCAGCUCUCACAUCAGCUUCUCAGUCAAACCUGCGUGUGCUCACAAACCCAAUGGGCUUGUUGCCUUGGUGGAUAUGGAGAGAGUUGGGCAACCUGGAAGAGUGGGGGCUGACACAGACGAUCGGCCUUGUAAUAUCCGCUCACUCACCUUUCCUAAGCUCUUGGAUUCUAGUGAACCUGAAUCGGUAACAGUGAGGUACAGCGCCAUCCCUGCACCCAUCCCCACUCUUCAAAACAACCGAACUAAUGGGAGCCCCCCAACCAUACACAAAUCACAUGUCAUUGUUGCCCCUGAGCCAGCAAGCCGCACCAAAAAUGGAGCACCAAAACUGGCCAACUCUGGUUCAGGAUCUGCACUGCCGUGUGGUGGGGCCCUCCUCAGCAUGACCCCCAGUGAGCGUCAGUGUGUGGAAACCCUUGUGGGCAUGGGCUAUUCCUAUGAAGGAGUCCUACGGGCCAUGCAGAGACAAGGACAGAAUAUGGAGCAGGUACUGGACUAUCUCUUUGUCCAUGGGCGACUGUGUGAACGAGGCUUUGAUGCAACUGCUGUGGAGGAAUGUUUAGAGAUGUACCAGUGCUCUGAGGAAAAGGCCUUGCAGUUCCUUGAGCUCAUGUCAAGAUUUGGUGAGAUGGGGUUUGAGCGGGAGGCCAUCAAAGAGGUCUUGCUAUUCCACAGCAAUGAUCAGGACAAGGCUCUGGAGGAACUGAUGGCUCGUGCUGCAGCGAGCUGAGCCCUGGAUACCAGACAGCCAAAAAAGCCCAGUCCAGGGCUUGCCUCCCACUACCACCCAGCGCAGCUCCUUUCCCCUCUGCCCACCCUGUCACAUCAUGUCUGCCCUCGCCUCGGCUGUGGAGGGGAUAGUUGUGACACUAUUAUAUUUCUCUGUGCUAAAACGUAUUGUGUCUCAGCACUUCUUAAAGACUGUGUGCCUAAGGAGAGUAUUGGAGUUUAACAAUAACAAAUGGUGGUGGCUUUUCUAAGACACCUUAGAAUUAGCUUCCAGGAUUUAGUACUGCUGAGGGAUUUGAGAACAAAAUGAUGCCUGAGCCAAGGAAGGAGAAAUUGGAGGAUUCCAGAAGUAGUGUCUUGGUUCUGGUUUGCUUUCACUUGGGAGUGUUUACGUGACUGCAGGUACAGCUGCAGGAUGGGGUUGUGACAGGGUGAUGAGUGUAUUACAGAAGGAUCUGAUUUGGUUAAGAAAGUCCCCCUCCUCAAAAUAAACUAAACAUAACUAUCACCUUCUGGUCAGUGGAGACAUAGUCAGUGGUGAGAGGGUUAAGGGGUCCUGAGGAGAUUCUCUUUAGGCCUGAAUGAACUAACAUCAGAUGUUGACAGACACAAAAGGCACAGUCACCAGACCAAGAACUGACUCUGAAGAAGUGCCCUUUCUCUUCUGGUGCCCAGCACCCAGUUCUGUUCUAUUGUAUGGUUUCUUUCACACUGUGUGUUUCUGUGGACAUGUUUAAUGUCUGUUUCAAACAUUUUGGUUUCUGUGCUUUCUGUUUUAGAAACAUAGUAGCUCAUUAGUCAUAAUUUAUAACAGAGAUACUACUGCCCCCGUAUUCUCUCUGACCUGCACUGGAAUGACCUGUUAAACGAGUGGGGGAAAAUAAUUCCUCUUGGAUAUAUUAGGAAACGACCCACAUCGCUGGCACACGUUUCACAAUUAUCGUCUUCAAAAAACCUUUAAAAAAAACCCUGACACUUUCAUUUAAGAUCAUAGUGUUUUAUAUGAUAAUGUAAGUACGUUAACUUAGAAAAGUGAUACUUCUAAUUGUUAGACUUUCUUUUCAGACUGGAAAAGAGAGUGGCUUAAAAAAAACAAUGGAAAUGAGGGUUGUUUUUCAGCCACACUGCAGUGCAAUAGAUAAUACAUAUUGUGUGACUAUUGACUGGGAUUUUUUUGCCUCAGUAUUUGUUGGAAGAUGCACAUGUUUAAGCAUUGCUGGAAAGUGAGACACCUGUAGAAAAGAUUUGAUUUUGAUCAUUUAUUCUGUUGAUUUUAUGCCACAUGUCUUACAAAUAAUUUUGAAGACUUGUCCAUGUUAUUUACUCUCAUGCAAUAAGAAAUGUCUUCAUCUUGAUGAACUUUGUUGACCUCUUCGUUGGCAUAAAUGGGAAGUGGGAAAUUUUC